UGAGAGCGUUGCAGUAUCUCUGCCUCGCCUGCCUGGCAUCACAGAACCCCUGUCUAGGCUGUCUCCCUAAUGCCAACGUAUAUGAACUGCUCAGUAAUGGGGAUCGCUGUGAACCUGGGCGCUUGCAUUUCCCUAAACGGAGAGACGGACGAAUAACCGACUCGACAUCGGCAAAGUGUGCUAUUUAAAAACUGGAGCACUGCGUUCAUUUGUCAUAUUUGUGUUUAUAACCGUGUUUUAUUUAUUCUCAAAAACGUUGCUGCCGGUCUUCAAAAUAUAGCCCGUUUAGGAAGUUCUCGUCAAUAAGAGCAGGAUAAUCGCACAUCAAGUCUAGUUCAAUCUUUCUCCAGACCGAUUGAAAACCGAUUUGAGGACUCCGAAGGAUUUCUUUAUCUAUUGGCCACUACGUCCAUGUCUUUGAAGACGGAUUAUCCAAACCAUUCAACAAGAAAUGUCCGCCACACUUUCCCGCUGUCCAUCAAGCAAGCCCAUUGAGAAAUGUGGUUACACUUACAAUUUCAGGAAACUCCUUCCUAUCGAGACCUUGGCUCCCCAAGAAUGAGCUAUCAAUCUGCAGCGACCAAUCAAAAGCAUGGAAACAGACGAUGGUGUCAUUAGCAAACAAAAUCAGCGGUGCGUUCAGUUUGACUCAACGUUUGCUACAUUGCGUGGCGGUUUAUCCUGAAAGGCUCAUUUUCCCAAAACGGUGUUCACCGAUCUUCAAAAGCCUUUGAGGACUUAUCUUCCAGGCCUGUCGUCUCUUCCCGGCUGGGGAGUCUUCUAGAAGGGGGCCCCUUUUGUCCACCAUGAAAGGGUUAGGAGCCAAACGCAACCGCCAUCUGUCUGACUCCUGCGACCCCACCCAGGGCCCCCCAGAGCCCCUGUACUCACACCAGGCGUCCACCCUGCCUCGGAGCCCCUACCUCCUCAGCCCCACCAGCAUGGACCAUUACGGCACCAUGGAUCCCCGCCACUGCAACCCCAAUAUGGAAGCCCACCACAACCAGGGAUCCCUGCCCCCGGACUACUCCCUCCCCCUCAACAACCAGCUGUCCAACAGCAGCACCUUCCCCCAUGUCCACUACAACUCCCAUUAUGACCCCAGCGACUUCUCCCCACCACAGGAGGACAGCAUCGGCGGCAUAAGUACAGGAACCCUGGGCACCUCCAUGUCGAUGGGGAUGCAUGGCAUGAGCGGCAUGGGGGGCCUGCAGAGCAGCCGGGGGGCCAUGAUCACCAGUGGUUCAGCUACUAUCUCCGGCGGGGCCAAGAUGAACCGGCAGUUGCAGCCCAACCUGCUGGACCAGUUGGAGAAGCAGCUGCCCGGGGGGCCUCGUGACGGCUUCAGCACGCUGCAGUUCCACCGGAGCACAUCGGCCGCCCUCUCCGUCGCCUCCAAGCAGCGCACCGACAGCCCCGGGCGCAUCCGUAACCUAGUGUGCUCCGUCCAGAAGCUCUUCGCCAAGUCACAGUCCAUAGACGGACACAACCUCAAGGGCGUCAAUGGGCGUUCGGGGACGGGUAGCGGCAGCGGCGGGACCUCGUCCGGAACUGAGGACAGCGGGAAGCGGGACCAGCGUGCAAAGAGCAAAGACCGGGGCGGAGCCAAGUCAGACGGGGGCGGGACGGGCAAGCGGCGGCCGCGUUCCAACAUGUCGGGCUACUGGAGCUCAGACGACCUGGACAACGCCAACCUCAGCAACUACCGCAACCCUAUAGCCAUGACGCUGGGACGCCCCACCACCCAUGCCACCCAGCACACCACCCACGGUAUUACCUACGAUGCUCAGCAGGGGGCACUACAGCAGCAGCAGGGACAACAACAGAGCCGCUACGUGAUUCACAGUGGCUACAACACCAUUAGUUCGUCUAAGAGCAGCAACGAAGUCAUGAAGUACCAGCAGAUGCUGGCAGGACCCGGAGGUGGGGGAGGAGGGGGAGGAGGGAUCAGCAUGGGAGUGAACAGUAAUGACUUUAUGAAGGGAGGUUCGUGGUCGACCCUGACCCUGGGUCAGCCCAGACAGGUGCUGCAGAAGGGCCACUCGGCUACCCUAGACCGGUCCAUGCUCAAGUCCAAGUCGUGCCAGCAGGAGCUUGCCUGCCACUACCUGCAAGUGGGCCGACAGGGGGACUGGAGUAGCACGCUGGGCCGCAGCGGCGGAGGAGGAGGAGGAGGAGCCAAUGAGAUUCCAUGUCGGCGUAUGCGGAGCGGCAGCUACGUGAAGGCCAUGGGCGACCUAGAGGACAGCGACGACUCGGACGGCAGCCCCAAGCCCUCGCCCAAAAUGGCUGCCCGCCGUCAGAGUUACCUCAGGGCCACCCAGCAGUCUCUGAGCGACCAGCUACCACCACACAACUGUCUUCCUUCACUUCGAGAGCUGUCUACCAAUCGUAGCCUGGACAACCUGGACUGUCUGGGGGAUCCGGUGAGGGGCUCCCUGUUCCCCCGCUGGGACGAUGAGGACUUCAGCCAGGGAGGCGGCUGCAGCACCCUGGGGAGGAGCAGCUACAUGGGCCAGGUCAGAGGUCACCAGGGAUGGGGUAGUGAGCUGCAGGACCUGGAGAUGAUUAGCCAACGCUACGACGAUAGCUGCUCUGAGUCGGCGUUCCGAGAAUCCCACACACUUUCACGCUCCCAUUCCCAGGCGUUGGAGCCUCCGGAUCUACCAAUGCCCACGUGCUUCCGAUCCCGUAGCUAUAGCUACCUGCGGGCCAUCCAGGCCGGAUGCUCACAGGAUGACGACACUGCUUCCGUGGACUCGGAUUCGCCGCCGCCGACCGCCACUACCGUUCGCACCUAUAGCACCAGCACUGUCUCCACAUGCAUCACUACCUGUAAGAAGCCGGCGCCACCGCCCGUGCCGCCCCGCACCACUUCGAAGCCCUACAUCUCUGUGACGGUGCAGAGCAGCACUGAGUCAGCCCAGGACACCUACCUGGACCACCAGUCUGAGCGUGAUCGCCGCAGCAAGACCAUUACCAGUCAGUCCAGCCAAGCCCACAGCAACUCCUCCGACAGCCUCGACAGCACACGCGCCAACAGCUUGGCUCGGGGUAUCCCUUGGCCCAUCCCCGUCCCCGUCGCCACCCCCCGGGAACCCCUCACCACCACCGUCCACCACACUACCACCGGUACUAACGCCAACGACUCCCAGCGUGAACCCUUGAAGACGACGGGCACCAACAGGGGGAACCUGAUGGCAGAGGAGCCCCUCGCGGACAUCGUGCCCCGGAGGAAGCUUUCCUCCAUAGGCAUACAGGUUGACUGCAUUCAGGAGGAAGUCCAACGAGUGGAGACACCGACACAACCAUUGGCCAGAUUCCAGUCAAUCGGAAUACAGGCGGACGACGGCUGGCAGCUCAGUCGCUCCAGUAACAUGGCCUCCAAGCAGGAGACAGACUCAGACACACAGGACCUCCCUGUCAUCUCCCACGCCAAGCCCGUCCCCGAGAAGAAGAGCAUGGUCAGCAACGCCUGCCAAUCCAUGGACUCUCCCCCGUGCGGCGGCCAGUUCAGCCAGGGCAACGGAUCAAAUCCCACUGCUGACACCAGUACGUCUCCACCUCCACUACGGCAGUUCCUCAACCGCUCCACCACACGGUCCUCCUCCGACUCCUUCGCCGAGAGCCUGGAUCCGGCCCUGGACCCCUCGUUCCUACCCCCUCCGGACCCCUGGCUGGAGAGUGGGAAUGAGAAUGCGGGCAGUGGGAACCCUAACGCGGUGCCCCCUCCAGGCCCUGCAUGCCGGCGGGACGGCCACUGGUUCCUCAAGUUGCUGCAGGCAGAGACGGGCCGCAUGGAGGGCUGGUGCCAGCAGAUGGAGCAGGAGACCAAAGACAACCAGCUCUCAGAGGAGGUGUUGGGAAAAGUUCGCAGUGCAGUGGGCAGUGCUCAGCUCCUCAUGACCAAGAAAUUUGAGCAGUUCAGAGGACUGUGUGAACAAAACUUGAAUGUGAACGCCAACCUGCGGCCCACAGCCCAGGACCUGGCAGGCUUCUGGGACCUGCUACAACUCUCCAUCGAGGACAUCAGCCUCAAGUUUGAUGAGCUCUACCACCUCAAGUCCAGCGACUGGCAGCCCCCUGCCGUGGCCCACUCACCACCCGAGCGGAAGGAGGACCAGAAAGAGCCCCCUCCUCCAGUGCCAAAGAAGCCCGUUAAGGGGAGGCCGGUGCUGGGACGUGAGAAGAGCGUCGACUCCGCCUCUUCCACCUCUUCAGCGGAGAAGCACCGGACGGAGGCCCGCAGGCGACUGCUGGCCGCUAAGAGGGCCGCCUCGGUUCGGCAGAACUCAGCCACGGAGAGUGCCGACAGUAUCGAGAUCUACGUCCCCGAGGCCCAAACACGUCUCUGAGUGAGAGAGGGGGAGAGGGAGAUAGGAGGAACUGCCUCUGAGAUGGAGGGUUGGGGUCUUCUCGCCAUACACACACAGGGUAGGCUGGUCCUAGUGGCAGCAAAUCUAGAUUAAGUGAGAAAGAGAGGAAACAAGAAAUAAAAAUGAUUGGGCUAUAGACUAUGGGGAACUCAUCUCCUCUCACAAGGCUGCCAUGGAAAAACCUCAACCACAAACUUUGUUACUAUUGUUAGUACUCUUGAUUAUUACGAAAAUUAUAAAAAUAGUUAUUGAUGAUGAUAUUAUGAUCUCCUAAAGAAACUAUAUCAAGAGUGUUUUAGAUGUACCUGUAUCUUGGCUAUAACAGAUCUAAGAAGUGGACAGAGUAAACAUAUGUGCUUUCUGCCGGCCCUCCCUGACUCCCUCCCCCCAUGCCUUGGCCAACCCGUAGUUUGCACAACGCCACCAUGUGGUUUAAUGUACAGACUUACUCAGAGGAGCACACACACACACACAUGCUUCAGACCCUCAGCUAUCUAUGUCUUCCUGGUGCUUUUAUGUUUGUUUUUAUUUGUUUUGUAAGAGCCCCUUGCCUGCAUUCAAAGCAGUUCUAGAUUCUUAAGAGGUUUUGGAGAGCAGGGAACCAAGAACUAAGGGUGGAAAUGACAAGUAUCACCACUUGUAUAAGUGAGAUCUAUUGAAAGCACAAUUGAUGUUUACUUAGUUCAUUUUUUGUUUAAAAAAAAAAAGGCAUAUGAUUUUUUAUUUUAAAUAUAAAAUUUUAGGUACUUUUUAACUGACUCAAAACACACUCACAAGUCAAUAUUUUCUGGAAUGUAAUUUGAAUAUCCUACUAUUUCAUUGAGAUUAUAUUGUUUUCUGCCAUUUUGGUUUUAGGAUGUAUUCAUCAGCCAAUGUCCACAGUCCCAUGACAAUGGCCACGCUUUGUACUUUCAUUUCUUUGUAUUGCUCUGUGAAUUUAUUUCUAGGUCAUAUUCAUUAGGCAGUUAAUCAGUUUCACCUUUUGCUACAGUGUGCCCUAAUGAAUAAUAUAAUGGUGUGGGUAUAUCAGAGCAAUUGAACAUAAUUCAGGUUAGAGUGAAGGACCAGGACCACCAUUGAGGACAAUCCCACUGUGCAAAAUGUGUUUAAGUCUGAAUUGUUUCCUCGUUGUUUCAAGAUACUUUACCAGCGUAAUGAUGUUGCAUCAUUGUGGCUAUUUCAUUGAACAUUUAAAAAGCCAGUAGGUUUUUAAAGUAGGUACUUUCAGCAACUCAAGCUGGGUUGCUGCAGCAGCAAUAUCAAAGGAAUUGAAAGGUUAGAGGGGUUUCUUUCUCCCAACUUCUGCCCCAGCGUCUCUCUCUGCAAUGAACCUUUUGUUGUUUUGUCGUCGCUGUAUUUCAAUGAGUAAAUUAGUUGGCACAGAUGCAGGUGCGUUUCCCACAUGGGACCAUCACUCAAUAUACAUGGAAAAACAUGUGGUCCAUUCCACCGUGAAAUUCCACUCACUCCAACCAUGAUUUGAAUUGCCCUCCUAUAGAGAAUUUAAAUGGAAUUAAGCCCAAUUUGGACUUGUAGUUAAGCAUUAAUUAACUUUGACUAAUGACUGCACUCGGCAAUGGGAAUUUGUUGUUGAUACAUUACACUGAAUAUUCAGUACUACUAUAGGUAUUUGCUACUGUAUGGGGCGGCAGGUAGCCGAGCGGUUAAGAGCAUUUGGCCAGUAACCGAAUGGUCGCUGGUUUGAAUCCCCAAGCUGACUAGGGGAAAAAAAUCUGUCUGUGCCCUUUAGCAAGGCACUUAAGCCUAAUUACUCCUGUAAGUCGAUAAGUGUCUGCUAAAUGACUAAAAUCAUGUAAGUGUAAUAUAUUUUUCCACAUCAUGGAUCUUGACCAGACACCCUCUUGAAAAGAGAUGGCUAGAGAAAGGAAAGGAUAGGAGACAAGGGAAGGUACUAGGAGAGGAAACCCUGUCUGACUAUUGAGAUGCUUCAGUGACACUGUGCGAAACCAGGAAGUUGUUAUUUUAUCCUCCUACUGGUCAUAUUUUGCACUACAUCUCAAUUGUCCAUGACACUUUUGGAGGGAACAAAUUCAUCCUGGAAUGAAGAAGAAGCACAUUGUUUUUUUUAUUUGUUCAACCAAGCGCCCUGUCAUAUUGCUGUCUACCAUUGUUGUUUUUGUUAAAUAUCAUCCCCAAAUGCCUACAAUUUUUUUAAAUUGAGACAAAUCAUUAAAUCUCUAUUACAAUACAUAAA